AUGUUUUUUUCGAAUACGUUUCGACGGUUCCUGUGCUUUUUUGCACUCAUGGUAUUACCGAUGAAUAUCCGUAUCAUCACCAAGAGUUCGACUGUGGUACAAGAAUGGGUCGACCAAGAACCCAUGGUCUGGGGAAUGGCCAGCCGAAAUUCCAGUCAGAAUAAUGAGACCGCUGUGUCGUCGUCGUCGUUGUCCUUGGAUAGUAUCGGCAGUUUGCUCGCUCUUGGUGGUGGCAGCAGUGAAGCAUCGAAUACUCCAACAAUGAAAGAAGAAAAAGAAGAACACAACAACAACAAUAUACCCCCAAGAAGUGGUGGUUCAGCAGUGUCCAUUCCCUCCGUAGAAGACCCCAACUCUUUUGCUGGCUGUUUGCAGAUUAUGGACGACAAUCACUUUCUAGUGGAAUGGCUGGCAUAUCACUACCAUGUCAUGCCCCUCCGUCGCUUGAUUGUCUUUCCCGACCCCAACUCUAAAACCAGUCCAGCACACAUUCUACACCGAUGGAAGGAUCGCAUCAACAUUACCAUUUGGGACGACGAAUUAAAAUACGUCUAUCCAAAAGGGUACUCAAAACCACGUCCUCCCACCAUUAUACUCCGUCAUCGACAACGCCAACGACAAUUUGUCCGUCGAUGCAUCCUGGCACUCCAAAAAGAAGGACGCGAAUGGCUCUUUUUGACGGAUACUGACGAAUACAUUACCAUUAAUGAUCGGGUCCGCAAUCCACGCGAUCCCUUGUCGCCCGUUAAAUAUGCCCCCUCCAAGAAUGUCACCCUUCCAUCCCCGGCGUUAUCCGGAUCGGUAUUGCAAUUUAUCCAAAACAAGGAUAUCAUGUAUCCGCACACACAACAGCAUUUGUGGAACAUUUCCUGUCUCACCAUUGCCCGCAAAGUCUUUGGCACCAAGGAACAAAAGAAUCUGCAGCCAUUGCACGGAAAAUUUGAUCCCUAUCACUUUCAAACCCUGCGAUGGCGGAAAUACGGCAAUGUUCGAAAACCCGGCAAAUCCAUUCUCAACCUGAAACGGUUGGACGAUCUGGGCAAACACAAUAGUGUCAUGGGAUCCGCCCCCAGCAUUCAUCGACCCCUCGACGAUGCCGUGUGCCAGGGCAAAAUGUGGUUGCCAGAAGAGUUGAGUGUCAUUGUCGCCAAUCACUAUCCGGGAACGCUGGAACAAAUGCUAUUUCGGACCGACGAUGCGCGUGGGGCCGAUGACAAUGUCACAGCCUAUCGCAUCAAACGAUUCAAGGAUUACCAAAAGCAUUCCAAUGUGAAAGAAAGUGACAAUGUUCGACAGUGGUUGUCGGGAUUUAUACAGUCCGUGGGAGAACCAGAAGCCCAACGAUUGUUGCAGCAUGUGGGACAACCCAAAGAGGCCAGUGGUCUGGACGACAACGACGAGUCGUCGGUGGUGGCUCCAAAAUCAAAAGACGAAACGACAGGAACUGAGGAGGCAGCAGAAGAUACCGAGGAAGAGGAUACCACGGAAGAUGCCGAGGAAGAGGAUGCUGAGCAAGCCGAGGAAGAUGGUACAGCAGAAGAUACCGAGGAGGAGGACGGUACAACAGAAGAUGCCGAGGAAGAAGGUUCUGGAGAAGCCGAAGAAGACGGUACAACAGAAGAAGAUACCGAGGAAGCUGGAGAAGAAUCGGAGGCUAUCGCGAAUGAAACCGAGGAAGAUGCUCCUGCAGAAGAGUCGGGUGACUUGGAAAUUCCAGAAUCGACAAUUUCCGGCGACCCGUCAGAGGUCAAGCAGACGGCGGUGGCAACAAAAACAACAACCCAGCCCAUGACAAACCAUUCCUCGUCGACCAUUGUAUCCAAGGAUGACCCAGAAUCCUUUGGCGCUUGUCUCCAAAUCAUGGAUGACAAUCACUUCUUGAUUGAAUAUUUAGCAUAUCACUAUCAUGUCAUGCCAUUGCGAAGACUGAUUGUGUUGGCGGAUCCACAUUCUGCUACUUCACCGGCUCCAAUAUUGGAACGCUGGAAGGACCGCAUUGAAAUCACGCAAUGGUUUGAAAAGGAUGUCUUUCCAUAUGGUAUUCCUCCACCUCCAAGCAAGCAUAAGGUCCAAACCAGAGUAGGUCAACACCGGACUCGACAACGAACGUUUGUGAAGAAGUGCAUGCAAACACUCUUCAAAGAGGGUCGUGAAUGGAUUGUUCUCACCGACACCGAUGAGUACACGUACAUUGGUGACAGAGUUCGUAAUCCAAAGGACAAAUUGUCGCCUGAAAAGAGUAUUGGGAAGUCUCUGGAGAUACCAACGCAACGAGAACCAGGGUCCAUUCUCAAGUUCCUACGAAAUCCAGACUACGUUAUUCCGCUCACCCAGAUGAACCUGGUAGAUAACCCUUGCAUCACAAUGGCCCGGAAGACGUUUGGUACCAGGACACUGAAGGGAGCGAGUGCCAAUCCAGUUGCAGGCUACAAGAAUGCCCAGUUCCAAACCUUUGCCUGGAGGUAUUGGCUGGACGAAGGAAAGCCAGGCAAGACGCUCGUCAAUUUGAAGAAAAUACGGCUUAAAGAUAUCCCCCACUCUCCCAGCGUGCACCGUCCCUUUGAAAAAGAGGGACCCAUCUGCAAGGGACCAAUCUUCAUGAAUGAGCACAAGAGUCCUUUUGUGGUGAACCAUUACCCCGGGAACCUAGAACAGAUGCUUUUUCGUGUCCAUGACUCUCGUGGCAACCACACGAACGCUACGGAAUAUCGGACGGAACGGUUUAAAAACCUCAAAAAGAUAAAGAAGAACACUGAAUCGGAAACGAUUUUGGAAUGGCUUCCGGGGUUUGUUGAGACUGUUGGCGCACAAGAGGCCGAGAGGUUGUUGAAGGACGUUGGAGAUCCUCAUCGUGCUGCUGGGAUAUCACCUAAUGACUCAUCUCAGCAAUCGAGAAGUGUACAGGGGCCAGGUGGCGAACCGGCAAGUAAGCAACAAGCAGAAUCCGCAUCGCUGUCACCAGGUGGCGCUCAAGGAAGCAACGAUGCCGGUCCCUUUUCCGCGUGUUUGAUAAUCAAUGACGACAACCUUUUCCUUCCCGAGUGGUUGGCAUUUCACGCACAUACACUGCCGCUACGGCGUCUGAUUAUUUUGAAUGAGCCUGGUUCGAGGACGUCUCCCAAAGCGAUUCUUGACCGAUGGUCUACUACAAUGGAAAUAACGCUGUGGGAUGAAGUCGAUAUUUAUCCCAAGGGACUUCCAACUAGAGAUAAUGAGGACUGGCUCAGAAAGGACCGCCAGCAGCAAUUCACAAAGCACUGUCUUCGAAAACUUCACCGAGAGGGGCGUGGCUGGACGACUGUGACUGGUGUCAACGAGUACACGAUGAUUAACAACCGAGUACGUGACCCAGAAGACAACUUGUCGCCGCAACAGUACAUUGGAAACUAUGCCAAGAUUAAACUUCCGACAAAUGAAGAGCCUGGGUCUGUCUCGAAGCUCUUGGGGCAAGAAGGCAUGGUGAUUCGCCAUACUGGACAGCCUUUGAUCGACAACCCUUGUAUCACAAUGGCAAGGAAAACAUUUGGCACCAAACCACCCCCUUCACCAGAACUUGUCGUCGCUGGCUUUAAUGCGUCUCACUUUCAGACUCUAUGUUGGAGAUACUUUGAUGACGAGGGAAAGCCGGGCAAGAGCAUGGUCGACCUUCGUCAAAUCAAUAUCGACGAAGUCACAAAGAGCGCAUCCAUCAAUCGUCCAAUAACCGGCGACAUUUGCAAGGGAAGUCUCCGACUGAGCGAGAGGCAAAGCUUGUUUGUGGUCAAUCGAUACCCUCACACUCUGCCGCAUGCUGGCAAACUGAAAACCGUGGAAUUAAAGGACGAGAUAUUGGAGAACGACGCCACUACGGCAUGGCUGUCUGCCUUUGUAGCUUCCGUUGGAGAAGAGAAAGCAAGGAGCCUUUUGGAAACUGCUGAUCCCACUGCUGCGACAGCAUAG